AUGGUGAUGGUGAAAGAAGAGUUGCGAAGAGGACCGUGGACGGAGCAGGAGGACCUGCAACUGGCUUGCUUUGUGGCCUUGCUCGGCGAACGACGUUGGGAUUUCAUAGCCCAAGCCUCAGGUCUGAAUAGAACAGGAAAGAGCUGCAGGAUGAGAUGGGUUAAUUACCUCCACCCCAGUCUCAAGCGCGGCCGCAUGACCACCCAAGAAGAGCACCUCGUUCUCGAGCUCCAUUCUCGCUGGGGCAAUAGGUGGUCUCGGAUCGCACGGAAGCUCCCCGGCCGCACUGAUAACGAGAUCAAGAAUUACUGGAGGACUCAUAUGAGAAAAAGAGCACAGGAAGAGAAGAGAAACUGCUCACCUUCGGCGACGUCUUCCGCACCGCCUGCUGAUGAUCUCCCCACCCGAUCAGAGGUCGCUGCGGAGAGUCAACUUAAUGGAAACGGUGACGGUGGUAAUGCUGACUCCGUGGAUGAGGUGUGGGAUGAGAUUGCACUAAGCUCUGGGGAUCGCAGGGAUGAAGCCGGCGGUUAUGCAUGCACCCCUUUGACUUCCGCCACUCCUGUGUGGGAAUGCUGCUCUGGUUCGCUGUGGAAGACGGAAGACGAAGAGCUCGAUGGCGUGUCAUUUGGUUUCUGAGUACCAGAAGAACAACGGGGAGCCUUGUUCUCGAAGCCUGUUCAUGCAUGACGUUCGAAGAUAGUUGUGGAUCCAUUGAAGGAGGAUGGUAUGAACAAUGUAGGUGGGGGGCUCGAUGUCAUAAGUGG